AUGAGAAGCAUUACCGAACCACUUCAUACAAAAUUGUAUGAAAACGCUAUCAACCACAUUCACAUCGCUGACAGUUCUGAUUCUAGAUGUAUUUCUGAAACCAACAAGAUGAGGAUUUUCAAUACGUUAGCAGUCGGUUUCGCCGGUGUAUUCUGCUUGUUAAUCGGUGCCUUUGAUGAAAAGUGGCCAAAAACAGGAGCAGGUUUAUUCACAGCUUACGUUCUCUGUACAGGACUGAAUCCUGGAGGAUUCUACAAAUGUGCAACGUUAUCUACACGGCAGUAUGCUCACUUUGUGUUGGCUACUAUUCAGUUUAUGAAAUGUGUGGCACUGUUCGUAGCCCCAGCCAUGGUCGCUUUGCUAGUUCAUGAUGAAACUCGGCACGAUCAAUGGAGAUAUGUGUACUGGAUCAACGGCGUCCUGCUCAUCUUGGCAAAUGCAGUUUUCCUACCAUACGCUACUGAUAAACCAGCUCCAUUCACAAUGAUAACGAGGAGGAGUACACUUGAGGUUGUGUUCUAUGCCUAUUGCUCAAGUAGCUUAUCCGGGUCAGCAAAAGAAGUUAAAUGGGUCAAUUGA